AUGUUUCGGCGCGGUUUAUCAGACGCAGAAAUUGCGGAUUUGAUCAAUCAUAGCGACACUCUGGAUAAUGUAGAGAGUGAUUCAGACGAUUCUGAAUGCAAUGGUGUGUUUGAAGAAGACGAGAUUGAUGACAGUUUGUCUUCAGAUGAAGACGAGAAUGAUGUUGAAGGUGUUGCUUCAAAUCCAGCAGCUGUGCCGUAUCCGAAAGACAGUGAGUGGACUGCAGUUGACACCUACCGACCUCUGCCUGUCAACACGACACCCAGGCAGAUACUAGUGGAUAUUGAUGAGUCGAGUUCUGUACUGGAUUGCAGUAAAGUGUUCCUUACUGACAGUGACGUAAAUGAACUCAAGAGACAGACAAAUUUGUAUGCAUCACAGACAAUACAGAAGAAAAGAAGAGGAAAUAAUCUGAAGCCCCAUUCAGUUUUGAGUUCGUGGAAGCCAGUGGCUAUAAGUGAGAUGAGGCGUUUCUUGGGUAUUAUUUUCCACAUGUGUGUUUCGAAAAAGCCCAAAAUUGCGGACCAUUGGAGCACUAAUCCUGUUCUUAGUUGUAACUUUUGUCCCCAUGUCAUGAGCCGUUUGCGUUUCACUCAGAUACUGUCAUGCUUGCAUCUUGUUGACAAUUCAAAUCAGAAAAAACCAGGCGAAGAUGGAUUUCAUCCACUUUACAAAGUUUUGCCAUAUUAUAAUAAUUUGAAGGAGCGAUGUAUCCAGGCAUAUCGUCCCUCAGAAAAAGUGACAAUUGAUGAAGGAAUUUGCCCAUUUCGAGGUCGUGUGAGUUUCCGUGUUUACAUGCAAAAUAAGCCUCAUAAGUAUGGACUGAAAGUAUAUGCUGUUGCUGAAGCCAGUAGUGGCUAUGUUGUAAAUUUUGAAGUUUAUGCUGGUAAGCAUAUUGUUGACAAUUCUUCGUCUGCGGUUAUUUUGCGAUUGUUGUCUGACAGCAGCUUGCUGAACAAAGGCCACACUGUGUAUUUAGAUCGAUUUUAUUCCAGUCCAGAGCUAUUUCAGCAACUGGCAGAGAAAGGCACUGGAGCUGUUGGUACUGUGAACAAAUCCAGGAAAGGAUUGCCUAAAGAUUUAGUAUCUGCUACGCUGAAAAAGGGCGAAAUGUCUUUCGGCGUAAAGAUAAUGUAUUGGCAAUGA